AUGAUACAUCAUGAUGCUCAUGAAGAAGCCUUCGUUAAAGGCUCUUCUUCAUUCAUCAAUAAUUCUUUUUUAUUUUCAUCAUCUUCUUACUGGUUUUGGAAAUUGAUUGAGAAAUUGUUGAUAAAUGAUAAUAAUUUCAUGAGCUCAUUCCAACAUUCUCAUCUACCUCCAUCAUUCAAUCAUAUAACAGCUCAAGUACUAACCUCCCCUCCUUCUCCUGAUUAUACUCUCUUCUGGUAUGGUCGCAACGAUACAAAACCGGAAACACAAGAACAACAAGAAAAGAUCACUUACAUUGCUCUCUAUGGUUUUUUGGUCCCCUUCUUGCUCAUUAUGGUGAUCACGUUAUUGAUUUUAAUGAUUCGUAGCUGGAAGGAAAUGGUUCUGAAUAAGCGACUCAUGUACAUUCUCAUAUUAUUGCUCAAUUUCAAUCAGCUGUUUUCAAUGUUGUUUGGAAUUGCUCAUGCAGUGUGCACUCUACUCAAGCUAGAAGAAGUCAUAUCAGUGAUUUUCUACAUGUUUCAUUACGAAGGAGUGAUUGCAAGUUUAGGCUUGUCUAUCUUUUGUAAGACCAUGACUACAAGAGUAGUGUACAUGAUCUAUUUUAAUAAGGAACAAUCGUGGGUAAGAGAAGGUCAAAUGAAAUGGAGAAGAAGAUUUGUAAAAAUUAUUGGAAUCGCAGUGACCGUAUUGGGUAUGGUCACAUUGCUGGUUAUGAUGCCAACCAUAUGCGUCACAGCUACUGUGUAUUAUUAUCCAGGGGUAAAUCAAGAUAUGGCUCGUGAGGCAGCUAUCAACCGAUACUUUACAGAUGCACUUGCUGGAAUAUUAUAUAUUGUUAUCAUGACGUUCAUGGGUAUUUUGAAUUGUGUUCUUGUUGCAGCGCUUGUGAGAAAAUUGAUGAUGCAAAAUUCACAGUUAGGAAGUACGGCUGCCUCUUCACAACGUAAAGCAGUCUGUCAACGUAUUUUGAUACUUACUUGUGGGCAAUUAUUUCUUGGACUUUCCAUGGAAUUAGCAGCAUGCAUUGCAAUUUUUGGGAUAUUCACACGAUACUUGUUUAUUGUGUCGUCCUUUUUGCAAACUUUCAAUAUCAUACUAUUUUCUCUUGUAAUAAUAUUUUCAUUUGGACCAUUAGAUUUUAUUGUCUCAGAAGGAUUAAUGAAGGUAUCACAUCGACGUUUGGAAAAACUUAAUUCUAAAGCAAAUAUUACGAAAACUUGUAGCGCUAAGGAUCUUGUAACCACCGUUCGAAAUGACGUCAAAGGUGACGACGAGCUUAAGAGAACACCAAGUGACAUUCAUUGCCAAAUAUCCACACACUCUCUCGAAUCUGGACGGGCCUCUUCUCCAAACAAUCGUGAGUACAAGCGUUCAUUGUCUUCCUCAAGGAACAGCAACAGAGAUUCAUAUGUGGCUGUGUCACCCUUCUCUCCGUCAGCUGAUUCAGAGAGUGGCGGAAUUGUUCCAGAGCUUUGUUUUCCUUCCACCGCUCCUUCAGAAUUUUUAGAGUCUUCUGUGGUAUAG